UUACAGAGUAAAAUGGUAUAUCCAAAAUUAAUGACCAUUCCUUUUAACACCACUAAAGCAGAAAUAUUAACAACCAUCAAAGGGAAAGAACUCGUGCAAUACAGACCACCCAUGAAGGGAAAUACUGUUGACCUCCCUGUGGAUCGACCUCGAUCUUGCCGGGUUAUUUAUUACUUUGACACUCCUGUACUUGGGAUAAGACAUCAACUCUUUGAUCAUGUCAAGUUUUUAGCGCCGUUGCUGGGGAGGAAUGUCUUCAUGAACAGGCCAAUGCUUAAUCCUAAUAUGAAAGAAGUAGUGAGGAAUGAAGUCAUUAACCUUCUACAUAAUGGAAUCAUUUAUUCUAUUUCUGACAACAAAUGGGAUAAUGUUUUUGAAUGGACUGAACAUUGUGAAAAAGCUUUUGUUAAACUUAAAAACUUUCUAACUUCUGCUCCUGUCAUUGAACCUCCUGAUUGGUCAUUACCUUUUAAAAUAAUGUGUGAUGCUAGUGAUUAUGUCGUAGGUGCUGUUUUCGAACAAAGAAAAGAUAAGAAACCUUAUGUGAUUUACUACACAAAAUUCGAUAUCACAAUCAAGGAUAAGAAAGGCACCGAAAAUGUUGUCGCGGAUCAUUUGUCAAGAUUGACAAUAGAUUCCACAUUUGACAUCACACAAAUUAAUGAUUACUUUCCUGAUGAAUCUUUACUUUCUAUUUUUAUAAUUCCUUGGUUUGCUAAUAUUAUCAAUUUUCUUGCAACAGGAGAUUUGCCAGCUCAUUGGAGUACCCAAGACAAAAGAAAGUUUUUGAACGACGUGAAGAACUUUUAUUGGGAUGACCCUUAUUUAUUCAAAUAUUGUCUAGAUCAAAUAUUUCGAAGAUGCAUUCCCGACAAUGAGAUAAGUAGUGCCAUUAAAUUUUGUCAUUCUGAGGCAUUCAUAGUAGAUUAUGUUUCAAAAUGGAUAGAGGCAAUUCCAAGUCGAAAUAAUGAUCAUAAAAUCGUGAUCAAGUUUUUGAAAGAAAAUAUUUUGAGUCGGUUUGGAAUCCCUCGAGCCAUGAUAAGUGACGGUGGAACACAUUUCUGCAACAAGCCAUUUAAGUCUUUAAUAAAGAAAUAUGAAAUCACACACAAAGUUACCACCCUUUAUCACCCUCAGACAAGUGGACAAAAAGCUAAGAUCAAGAUGGAGCGGUCCAUACAUGUGUAUCCUUAUGAGGCCUUUGAUAUUGAGAAUCCAAAGAAUGACAAUGUCUUGAAGUCUUUCUCCAACUCCGAUCAAAUUGCGGAUAACGGAGGCAGUCAAGUUUUGGAUAUCAUUUCAAAAGCUUUAGCCAAAGUAGAUAUCAUUCGAAAAACAGUUGGAGAGGAACUACAGGUCUCCACAAUGUCUAAACGAAUUAAUGCAAUGUUCGAUCAUGCUGACGCCUUCAUUGCCUUACCAGGGGGUUUGAGCACAUUAAAAGAGAUAUUUCAUAUUUCCUCUUGA